AUGGCCGCCGGGAACUCCAAGGUUGAUGCCCCCUAUGGGCGGCAGCGACUGCAGGAAGACGUCUUUCUCAGCUUAGAACCUAGUUCAUCCUCAUCCCUGCGGUACAACGACUGUCUAUGGAGCAAAGUACAAACACCUCCCCCGCCCCAAAAAGCCCCCGCCCGGCGCCGGGCUAAGCCCCCUCCCUCCGCCUCCCGCCUGAAGCCGGCAGCGUCCCCGCGCUUCCCCGCGCCCGCCGCCCCAGAACUCGGGAGCCGCCGGCGCACCUGGCCGCGCAUCCUCCGGUGGGAGGUGACCAGAGCUGGACACCGGGGCUUCCUCGCGGCCCGCCCGCGGGUGCAGGGCCAUAAGCGCCGCUGGAAGGAGGCGCACGCGCCGCGGCGGUUCCUGGCCUUGGCGCUCCCAGGGCGGGAGGCUCUGCGCGCGUCCGCUCUUGGGGCCACCCGUUCCAGAGCCACUCGCCAGGGCCAACCCGGGGCUCGAGACCCCGAGCUCGGGUGCGAGCAGGAUGCGGCUCCCCGGGGACGGUUGGCGUGGGUAGGAGUCCCGAAGCCCCGACCUUACCUCUGCUUCAUGCUGCAGUGUCCCUCAGCGCUGGCGUCCCAGUGGCCGGUCCGUGCCGCCCUGUCCCACAGGCCCGGCGACCGUGGAGGUGUGUAAUGUCGUCCAUGGCCCAGUGCAGAGGAACACAGGUGUUGCCGUCAGACUGCCAGGGUCCGAUCCCGCCUCCGUCACUCACCCCGGGAGCUCCCUUUAAGCCAGGAGUCAACAGCGAGAUGGAAAUAAGAAGGAUGACCAAUAAGAUGAACAGAGAAGAAAUGAGAAACAGAGGUCUUUGCUUAGGAGCUAAAGGCCACCUUCUGUAACACAAAAUAGUCUACAAGUGGCCUUGAACUCUGCCGUGAUUCAGUGACAGAGUUCCCUCAUGUCGUCUACCCACGUUGAAGUCCAGCGACGCUGCGACUGUCUUCUUUACAACUUGCAAGACAUGCUGCUUCUGCAUUUGCCUGUUGUAUGAGAUUUACACCUGUUUUAAAGCCACGUUUUGUUUCAGUUGGGCUGGUGGCCAUACACUGCACUAGCCAGUCAAUAGUGAGAUGGCUCCUCAUGGAGGCUGCUUGGCUUGAGGCUGAGGGUCUUUAACCCACAUGCACAAGAGAGUUGCCACGAGGGGACGGAAGCCAGGCUAAUAACCAACUGCUGUACAGAGUUCCCAUCUGUCCCUCCUCACCAUUUUCAGCUGGCAGGAUUUCAGCAUUUCAGGGCUUGGGAAGAUAAUAUUACUAAAUCUACUAAAAUACAUCACCCAUCCUUAUAGGCUUUGGCCAGUUGCUGAGCAAAUUAACUUCACAACUGAAGUGGGCCACAUUGGCCUGCAUGGUCCCCCGCUUCUCUUAGAAUCUGUGAGUGUGGGGCCUACUGGAGGGUGGGAGGUGGGAGGAGGGGGAGGAUCAGGAAAAAUAGCUGAUAUUAGGCUUAAUAUAUGGGUGAUGAAAUAAUCUGUACAACAAACUCUUGACACAUGUAUAUGUAUGUAGCAAACCUGAACAUCCUGCACAUGUACCCCUGAACUUUAAAUAAAAGUUUAAAAAAAAAA